AUUUUUUGCCCUUUUUUAUAUAUUCUCUGUGUUCAGUGAUGUCGACAGUGACAAGAAGAAGAGUUGCCGGUCAUUCAUCGAAUUCGGAUGAUGAUAACAAUAAUAGCAGCAGUUCUGUUAAUUAUAAUAAUCCUACUACUGAAAAGAAAAUUGCCUAUGACCCACAUGAUGUUGAUGAAAGAAAGUCUACACCCAAACUAACUUUAAUGGAAGAAGUUUUACUAUUGGGACUUAAAGAUAAACAAGGAUAUCUUUCCUUUUGGAAUGACAGUAUUAGUUAUGCACUACGUGGAUGUAUUGUGAUUGAACUAGCUCUUAGAGGAAGAAUAGCCAUGAAAAAGGAUCCUAUGCGUCGCUCCUAUCCUCUGGCAGAUCGAUAUAUCGAAGUUAUUAAUGAUGCAAUCACAGGCGAAGUUUUAUUAGAUGAAGCCUUGAAGAUGAUGAAAACCAGUGAACAUAUGAGUGUAGCCAACUGGAUUGAUUUAAUGAGCGGCGAAACAUGGAAUGUGAUGAAGAUUGGAUAUCAACUUAAACAAGUACGAGAACGUUUAGCAAAAGGUUUAGUAGACAAAGGAGUCCUUCGAACGGAGAAACGUAAUUUUUUAUUGUUUGAUAUGGCUACUCACCCUGUCGCUGAUCCUGCAGUGAAAGAAGAGAUCAUUAAGCGUGUAUGUACCAUGCUUGUCACUCGUGUCUCACCUACAGCUAUUGAUGCUCAAUCAGACGUCCCCCAUGCGUAUCUUAGAACGGUCAGUAUGAUCUGUGCCGCAUAUGCUGCAAAUGUAUUAGAAAAUGCUCUACUUUAUCUUCAGCCUGAUUUAAGAGAACAAGCAUUCAAUAAGGUGGAUGAAUUGAUGAACGAAUACUCAUCAUGGCCAUUUGGUAAUGGUGCAAGUAAAGUUGAGAUACCUUCGGGAACAGAACUUUCCAUAGAGGUAGUGGCUAGUGCUUUAAAUGUUCUCGCAAAGAUGGAUGCCAUACUGUAAACACACACAUCCUCCUUUCUUUUGAUUUCCCUCCCUUCCCUUUUAUUUUUGCCUCUUUAUUUGAUUUUUUCGUAUAAAAUACAUAAGCUCUGUGGUGCCU